AUGACGAUCGUCCUGUACCUCCCGAGGAAGGAGUCGGCGAGGAAGCCGCCGAGCAGGCACAGGAGGAAGGAGGUCCCCAUGAAGUCGGUGACGAUAUUGGCCGACUCUGCGCUCGGCAAGUGCAUCGUGUCCCCGAGGUAG